AUGAAUAAAUGGCACACAUUUGAGCAUAGUGGAUUUGCUGGAAUCGGAAAUGGUGAUAAUGAUAUUUUGACUAUACUAAAGCUUAGUUACCAUAACCUUACACCCUCUUUAAAGAAUUGUUUUAGCUAUUGUGCAUUGUUUCCCAAAGAUUAUAGACUCAAGAGGAAGGAGUUGAUUAGCCUUUGGAUAGCACAAGGCUAUAUUGUGUCGCUAGACAGAGAUCAAAGCAUAGAAGAUGCAGCAGAGGAGCAUUUCCUGAUUUUGGUACGCAGAUGUUUCUUUCAUGAUGUAGAGAAGGAUAAAUACGGUGACAUUGAGUGCGUGAAAAUGCAUGACUUGAUGCACGAUGUUGCUCGAGAAGUGGGGAAGGAGGAAAUUGGUGUAGUGAGUUCUAAUACAACCGAAUUGGGAGAUAAGAUUCGUCAUGUGUAUUUUGCUCGUGGUGCUUUUUCACAAAGUUACUCAUUUAAGAGUAAAAUACGUUCGUUAAUUUCAGAGGGUAGUAUGUCGUACGAUAGAAUGGUGUCGGUUGAUCAGGUGGAUGCACAGAUUGAUAGUUGGAUUGGUCUAAGGGUGUUGUGCUUGCAGUCAACAGGUAUAAAAAGGUUUGAUUCAAUUUGUAAGCUAAUGCAUUUAAGGCAUCUUGACCUGUCUGUGAAUCAUGAGUUAAAGGCACUCCCUGAUUCUAUUACUAGACUACAUAAUCUGCAGACUUUAGAUUUACAUCGUUGCACAAAAUUGAGGGAGUUGCCAAAAGAUUUUAGCAAAUUGGUAAAUCUUAGGUACUUGGAUUUAAGUCAAUGUGAUGAGUUGAGUGGUUUGCCUUCGGGCAUGGGUCAGUUAACUAGUCUAAGGCACUUUGAUUUUAGUGACUGUUAUAAGUUAACUAGUAUGCCAUCAGGCAUUGGUAAGUUGACUUAUCUUAGGGUUCUACCAUUGUUUGUGGUGGGUAUGGAAAAGAGAGUUUCUACAGAGGAACAAUGUAUGGGAGAGCUCAAAGACCUUAAAGCCCUGACCAACUUAAAAGGUGGCAUAGAGAUCAAAAUCGGCAUAUUUUACAAGAAUGAUGGAGGAGGAGGAGGGUAUUUGAAGGGUCUGAAAUAUCUCACUCAAGUUGAAAUUAGAUUUGUUUACAGUGCUGAAGAUGAAAUUGAUGGAUGUUUAGAGUGGAAAGAUGUGCUGGAAAAGCUAGAGCCGCCUUCAAAUCUCAAGGGAUUCAUCUUGUCGGGUUACAAGGGUAUGACAAUUCCAAGGUGGGGUAGAGUAGAGGAUAACUGGGCACUCUCCCUCCCACAUCUUGUCAAAAUCGAUCUUUUGGGUUGUGUCAACUUGGAGCAGAUACCAUCGUUGAGUAAACUGCGUAAUCUGAAAUCACUGAUACUUGAAUAUCUACACAAGUUGGAAUAUAUGGAGAAUACAAGCAGCAACAAUGCCAAAGACGGAGAAGAUUUGACGGUAUUCUUCCCCUCCCUUGAAACACUCACACUUUGGAAUCUUUCAAGUUUGAAAGGAUGGUGGAGGGAGGAGGAGUUGGUUGAGGAUGAUGAUGAUGAUGGUCGUAUCUUGAGGAGUAGCUUCAGAUUUCCUCGUCUCUCCAAAUUGAUGAUCUAUAAUUGCCCUAAGUUAACUUCGUUUCCUUCUUGUGGAAGCAUCGAAGAUUUGGGCUUAGAUGAGGUUGGCUCAAAUUAA